UACUCAUGUCUGGUUGUUUACAAUCUCUCUGGCUAAACAUGGCCGUUGACGAACUCACUCAAGGCAGUUAGAGCCCGAUAACCUCCGAUUUUAGAAAAUUUACAGGUCUUAAUUUGCCAAACGAGUUACUGUGCAAGUACCGACUUGAUUACCUAGUCUACCGUGUUGCUGGCUCGAUUUUUAUCUUACCUUCCUGUAGCUCGCUAGCCGCGGAAGCUAGGUAGCGAGCUAACUUCUCCAUAGGGAACAAUGACAGCGACUUCUGCAGGUAGCAGCAGCUGCCACCCCGCUAAAGGACUGGACAUAAGUCUGGCUGCUCUGCAGCGACAAGACCCGUACAUCAAUAACAUCGUGGACGUGGCCAGCCAAGUCGCUUUGUACACUUACAACAACAGGACAAAUGAGUGGGAGAAGACCGAGGUGGAAGGCACCCUUUUUAUCUACACGAGACUGGCAUCUCCCAGACAUGGUUUCACCAUCAUGAACAGGCUCAAUAUGGAGAAUCUGACAGAGCCAAUCACCAAAGACCUGGACUUCCAGCUCCAGCAUCCCUUCCUGCUGUACCGCAAUGCGAGAUUGGUUAUCCAUGGGAUUUGGUUCUAUGAUAAGGAGGACUGUCAACGCAUCGCCCAGAGGAUGAAGAUUCUGACCCAGCAGGAGCAGGCCCUGGCUCAGUCUCAGGGUGGGUGGUUGUCCCCAGGAGGAGGAGGAGGAAUAAUUGGAGGAGGAGGAGGAGAAAUGGUAAGAGCAGGAAGAAUAGCUGGAGGAGGAGGAGGAGGAGGAGGAAGAGGAGGAAGUGGAAGUGGAAGUGAAGCAAAGGGAGUGGACAUCAUCCAGAUGUUGACCAAAGCACGCACAGAGUAUGACAAGUCUACAUCAGAACCGAAAGAGAUUGGUGGCAGCAGUGUUCUUUGUGGAAACCCCAAUCUGAUCAAACCCAUACCUGUUAAACCAAACACUCAGGACAGUGAAGGUGCUGAACCCAAGCCUCUCUCUCUGGCCACUCUUUUCGGCUCCAAACAUCACCACUCACCCAAACCUGACCCAGUUUCUCCUUUGGCCACCCCUUUGGCAGAGGCAUCUGCAGGGAGAGUCACCCGACCACCUGUAGCCCGCACGCUGACUUACGAGGAGACGAUGAACUCUGGCAGGAUUGUGACCUCCAAGGGAGGGAACAUCGCCAUGGCAGGGUUUUCAGAUCAAGGACUCGUGGCUGUGAUCGGAGGACAAAUGGUCAGGGACAAUGGUGGAAAUGUUGUGGGCCUGACUCCCACCACUGUCCAUCAGCACCACCAUCAGCAGCAGCAGCAGCAGCAGCAGCAGCAGCAGAACCAGCCUCAGCACUGCCCAGCCAUCCAGAAGCUCAUGCAGGGACAGAGAGGGGUCGGAGGAGCUCUUCAGACCCUGUCCGAGUCCCCCGAGAACAGGCUGUGUGACAACGGGGUGCCACUGGAGCAUCACCACCAUCACCAUCUGUUCCACCAUCAUCAGCAGCACCACCACCACCAUCAUCAUCAACAGCAACAGCUUCAGCAGGACCCAAUCAAGAGACUUUUCCAACUCCAGCCACUUCCUCCUCCCGCCUCCUCCUCCACCCCCUUCACCUCUGCAGCCCCGUGUUUCUCCAACCCUCCCCCCGCCCCACAGCAGAACCCCCAUCUCUCCUCACAGCCCAUCAUGGUGGAUUCUGUGUCAUGUGCCCACCUUCAAGCGCAACAAAGCCAGCAGAUGUUUUUUAACCUCUCCAAACCUCAGCCGGAGGCACAGCACCCCAGCCAAUCAGCUUCAGCCAUACAGGGAACAGGUUUGCUGCCAUCUCAGGUGACCAAUGACCAAGUCCUUCAACCUUCACAAGGUCUGUCUUCGCAGAUGCAAGGUGUGGUGUCGCCACAUGAGCUCCUGCAAAAGCUCCAGCUGGUCCAGCAGGAGCAAAGCCUGGCUUCCCACGAUCCCCCUCGACUCCUCCCGACCCUGGCCCCGCGAUUUCUGGGGCCCACGCCAGGUCAAGCCGGAGGCUCGGUCCCGAAUACGACCGCAGCCACCGCAGGUCAGAAGGCGGCACUGCAGUUUCAGGUCAUCUCCCCACAGCGGAUACCGGCCACUGUGGCCCCCAACCUGCUCCUCUCACCCAGCGUGUUCACUCAGGCAAAGUCGAGUGGCAUCUUGACAGUGGGUGGCCAGGAGGGCUGCCCUGCCCCCUCAGCCUUGCCCAUUCCCCCGCUGCAGGAAGAGAUCAGAGUUCUGUCCAAAAGCCAGCUUCAAGCCACACUGCUGAAACUGAUCCAGACUGACAGCUCAUUCCUGGACACCAUCUACGACGCCUACGUCAGCCGCUUUGCCAGCGACUCCAGCAGCCAGUACUGAUGACUCGUCACACCCUCUGUCUCUUCAAACAUCCCGUCGAGAGCAGUGAGGAUCAGUCUUACAGUUACGAUGGACGCACCACUUCCUCCUCUUAACCUCCCAACUGCAAUCACUCACACCUAUGCACUGUUUAGCCAGUAAACCCGACAUUCUUCUCUUAAACAUAAAACGCAGUUAAAUAUUAUAGAUGUCCUUGUUUAAAAUUCAGAAUAACAUAUUUUGACUCAAUUCAUUUCAGGUCGAGGUCCACUAAUGCACAAAUGUGGCAGAGCCACUCAGUCUUGACCUCAACUGUAGUUAAUGGGAAAUGUCGCCCAUUAUGCUCCAACCUCACAGGCAUUUGGAUUUAGCUGAAAAGUGCGCUAGUUUUUUUCACCAAAUGUAGCAGAAUUCUUUUAUUUUGUUUUUCUUUGCAGCCUUUACUCGGACUCAGUGGUCUAACACCAGCCAGCCUUAUAGGCUGUAACAAACAAGUCUUCCUAGUCAAAGAACUAGUGCUGAAGGAUUAUUUGCUCAAACUGACUUGAAACUGACUUCACUUGUAAAAUGAAGUGUAAAACAUGUGAAACAUGUUUAUGUGUUCUGUACAUUUGGAAAAAAGUAUGUUUAAAUGCUAUCAGAAUUUGUUGGAUUUGAAUUUGCAAUUCUUUUUAAUUAAGUUUGCUUUCGAAAAGAAUUUUAAAUAUAUUUUAUGAUCCAAAUUAUUUUAAAGUUAUUAAAAUGAUACCUUGUCAUUUUGAUCUCUUUUUUCCAACAUAUCUGUGUUGGUAUGUUAGUGACAGUAACUAAACGUUGUCAUUGGGCUUGUCGACAUUUUUGUGAGUGAAGUCUGCAUCGAGAUAUAUCUUCUUAAUGUGUUUCUGACAACUGGUGGAUUUUCAGGUGAGAGAAAGUCUUCACAGCACUUUAAAUCUUGGCUGUACUACUAGUGCUUUGUUAUGGUUCAUGUCCAGGGGGGGCGUUUUUGCACCCAAGGGCACGUGGUGAUUCCCAGGAUUAGAUGCUUGACUAAAUCAGGCUACGCCCUCCAGCAGCCAUGCUAAAGUUACUGGGUUCACCCAAUUGGACCAAAGGCACUUGUGGACUGUCUGCUGUAGGAUUUCACACCAAUCCAACAAGGCAGCUUGUUUGGAGUCUCGGAUGGUCCACAAAACAAGUUUCUUAAAACAUUUUAUCUGAGAAAUAAGCUUUGUUGUUUCCGUCUUUAGUUUAACUCAACAACGAGGCUUCGUGUUUUUUGUUUUUUUUUAGAUUUGUCGUCAGCAGAAAUGCAAAUCUUGGAGAGGGAGGGGGAACGGGAAGCACAGAAAGAACAGAUCCUGUGGACACGCACUAUUAGUCUUAUUCCUCUCCCUUUGAAUAUCACCAUUGUGAGGAGUAAUUCAAAAUGACAUGGUAUCUUAUCUAGAUUCAUUCAAGUACAGGAGAUUGUCAACCUGCACUACCUCACAGAGAGCUAGUUAGGAGGCGUUACCUGUGUUUUUACUUUUGAGAUUGGACCAUUUUUAGAUAAUCCGGUCAGGACUCUUAUUUCAGUUUACCUAAAGGGUUUUCAUCAGAAUAAGACAUCGAAAACUGUAUUUUUUUUCUCCAUUACUGCUUAACAUGGUAGCUUUUUUUUUUUUUUUUUUUUUUGCAGCCACACCAUGGUAUCUGAACAUUCACUCUGCCAAACAGAAAAAAAACCUCCUCUCAGGAAUUUUAAAACAGAUUGUCGAUCAAGCGGUUUGUUAUUGAUGUUAGAUAAAUGAUGUAUGGCAUUGCAAAUAAAGUAUGUAGAUAAAUAUAUCUGGACUUCACGGGCCUGUUCAGAGCAAGUGUAGUAGAAAAUUUGAUAGAAAAAUACUCUUACACUUGAUGAUUUGUAUGUUUCCCACAGUGUAGCAGAGAGGUCGCAGUCACUAAUAAAAACGUUUAAUUUUGGGGGUCAGGGUUUUGCAGUCUGUGUUUAGCCCCCCGUGCUGAACUCAUUCCCAGCCGGACUAUACAGUAGCUCCCAGAGGACACACAAAAGCAGCAGCAGCAGCAACAAAAAGAGAAUAUUUUUCUCCCUAUUUUUGUACUCAUGAAGCAAAAUGUAUUGUUCUCGUAGUACAAACAACCAGCAUGUUACAUCCCAGCUAAGCUACAGGCAGUAAUUCUUCCUUAUGCAACAUAUCCACAGCUCUUUAUGCGGUUUUGUGCUUUUUAUUUCAAAAGCCGUCAUCCAUAAUCUCUCUUUGUACGCAUCGUUGUCAUUUGAGACAAGACGAGACAUGGGAAUGUUAACGGAAACAUUUUUACACCUUUUGUUUGUUUAUGUCAGGAAUGUUUUGCCUAGAAACUGGAAUAUAUUUUAAUUGGAUAUUAAAUGUUCUCAAACUGCC